AUCCAAUAAUUGCUUUUCUUAUUCACAUCAUUUUGUUGUACCUUUUCCUGGUUUUUCUACUUAAACAUGCCUGUUUAAAUUGUGUCUUGUGAAGCAAUUGUCAUUAUAUUUUCAAAAAAGUAUAUACACGCAUAAUAACAUUACUGUAGAUAGUAACAACUCUUUCAGGCAACAAAGCACAAAAUUGUUCAAAGUUUUAAAAUUACACUUAAGUAAGCAGAUGUAGUUAAAACAAUGUAUUAUAUAAACAUAUAUGUUUAAGGGUUAUAUAUUUAGAGUAGUUGUUGUAAAAAUGCUUUACACUAAAUCCAUUUAAGACCAUUAUAAAUUAACUAAUUACAGGUGGAGUUAUGAUAUUUCCUCCCAGGAAAGUAUUUCCAUGUUUGCCUUUAACUCCUUUUUGUUUCUCUUUUACUGCCCAGUUUUUGUUCGGAAAGGUGCGACAUAUUUUCUCACGCGCCCAUUUUCCCCUCCCAUAGGCGCAGGUAGAGUGUAACCCAUCUGUUGAUUUACACAAUGCGCACACUUUAUUUUAAACCUCCGGCACGGCACACCCUCGCCCUUUGACACGCAUACAGCAGGUUUAAGCCUUGCCAAAAAACAGAAAGAGAAAAUUUGCGCACGGGCGCCCAUGUGGCACACUCACUCCGUGGCUGUACAUUAAAACAAACAUCCCACGGAAGCAGCCAAUGGCAGCCGAUCCUCGUGCAGAGAUGCUGAGACGCGGAGGGGAGGGGGCAGUUUAGGUGGGUGGGACAAACAGCGGCAUAGAAAGGGGGAUGCUGCAGCCCCGUCCUCCUCAUAUCUCUCCACCCAGCCCUAGAAUAAAAUCCACCGGUGACGUGCGCGCAGAGAAGCACCCAGCAGUAUGUGCGCGCCCACGGGAGGGGCCGAUAGAAAAUGGCGAGUCUGUGCAAAAGGCAGCAAUGCACGAUAGAGAGGCGCGGCUUUCGGCAGGAACUUGACUCUUGGAGGCACAAACUCAUUCACUGUGUAGGCUUUGAAAGCAUCUUGGAGGGCUUGUUUGGGCCGGGACUAGUCAAGGACGUCACUUUUUUCCAAGACUGCGAGCCAGAGGAAGUGUCUGACUGGUCCUUCGAUGAAAACUGUCUCUUCUGCUGCUUAAGACGUGAGAAAAACAAGGAGCACAUCGUGGAAAACGGUGGAGGCGGCCACGUGCUGUCGGAGUGUGAGGACUUCAAACAGGGGCAGUCUCGGAUCAGCCGGCUGGAGAGACAGGCCCGAGACUUCCUCAAUGCUGUGUUCCACAGAAAAGACCUCCCAAGUUUCUCUGACCCUCACAUUCCUCUAGUGGCUCGUGAGAUCAUGCAGCGAAUGAUCCACCAGUUCGCUGCCGAAUAUACCUCAAAAACUACUCAGGAAGACCUGCCCCUGCCCAACGGCACCAUGAAGGACCAAAGCCUGCCGAGAGCGGUGUCUCUGCCCCCCGCCCCGACCUCCCCGGCCGGGCCCACGCCCGGCUCCCCUCCGUCGUCGGCCUCCUCCUCUCCGUCCCCGACUCCGGGAGCGGGCUUCAGCCCCACCGCCGUCACCUCGGCGCCCGCCAGCAUCCAGAGCAGCAACGGGACGGGAGCCGGCAACAGCGGAGGGGGUGGAGGAGGUGCGGCUGCUGCCUCUGCACAGAACCCGGUCCUCAGCAAGCUUCUGAUGGCGGACCAGGACGGCCCAUUGGACCUGACUGUCAGAAAGGCGCCGGCUGACCAGGAGCCCAGCCAGCAGGAUGGAGUCUUGGACCUCUCCACAAAGAAGAACAACAGCAGAGGAAGCCCGACAACUUUACAAGGCUUCACUCUUGCAGCUGGGGACAAAGGACAUUUGCUGAAGGCGGAGCGUACCCUGUCAGAAGUGGAGGAAGAGGACGGCCUCCUGCAGAAGAGUCUGCAGGACGGCCUGAGGGAGAGCUACGCCAACUCCACCUCCUUCAAGCCGCCGCUGGCCCGCUCGCUGCGCAUCAAGGAGGAGCUCCUCAGCCAGAAGCACCGCCUGCUGAGCCAGCCCGCCGCUCUGUCUCUGGCCAGCCUAGAGUCGGCCGGCUUGCUUAAUCACGGGCAGUCCCACUCCUUACUCAGCCAAAAGGGCUCCUCUUCUCUCUGGGAAAGCAAGGCCCACCUCGAAAGCCUGAUGAAGCUAAAGCAGGCCGGUGGGGCUCUAAGCGACCUCAAAGACCUGCCUACAUUCCUGGAAAAUCACCACAACCACCAUGGAGCCUUCUCGUACAAGAGUUCCCUCCACCAUCACAGCCACAAUCAGGCCUCCAAGGCUCAGCACCACCACAGCGACGGGAAGCGAGAGCAGGGCCACUCGCCGCCCGUCGACCUGAAGAUCCCACAGGUUCGGGGCAUGGAUCUGUCCUGGGACUCCCACGCCUCCGAGCUGUACGGCUACGGCGCCAUGGGCGUCGGGUCGGGAGGUCACGGCGAGAACAGUCUGAGCCGGAAGCUGAGAGCCAUCUUGCCCAAACAGAACCGGCGCGGCGGGAGCCUGGGGAGCCUGCUGGACGGGGCGGCGGAGUACUGGAACGCCGACAUAGACAGUUCCACCUCCGGCCCGGCGUACUCCAUCUCCGACGUGGAAGUGGACCCGAGCUCCAAGCAGCCGAGGAAGAAGAGGGGCCGCUACCGCCAGUACAACAGCGAGAUCCUGGAGGAAGCCAUAGCCGUGGUGAUGAGCGGGAAGAUGAGCGUGUCCAAGGCGCAGAACAUGUACGGCAUCCCGCACAGCACCCUGGAGUACAAGGUGAAGGAGCGCAUGGGAACCCUGAAGAACCCCCCAAAGAAGAAGCUGAAGCUGAUGAUGAAGAUGGAGGCGGGAGGCCAGGAUUUCCCGGCGGAGCCAGAGAACGCAGCCGCCACGACCCCGCGAGACGACGGGCUGGCGCUAGCCGCUGCCGAGCUGAAGGAAAACGCAAAGGAGAAGGCGGACGACGAUUCCAAACCAAUCGACUAACCAACCCACACGCUAAACCUCACACGACGUUCGUUCGUCACUUCAAACAUGGAUGGGGCUUUCUUUGUGCCAAUUUGCUUUGCAGUAUCUGGGUGAGCACAAACGGAGGGACGGAAGGAGGAGGAUUCCUAAAAAACUGCAGAGAAACAUCUAAUCGGACACUUUUUACCCGCCCGCCAGGCGCCGAGCGAGCAUUUGUUUAUAAGCUUUUAUAUCCAAAGCUUAACAAAUGCAACGAAGAACAACAGUUAAGUAAAAGACAAUUAAUGAAAAUUCUUUAAGCAUGCUGAUAAUCCCCAGCCCCAAAAACCCCGACCUCUCCUUUUACUGAACUCUACACACGGAUCUGUUGCUGCUUACAAACGGAGUUUGGGCUUUGGAUGAAUUCUAUCUACUCUGGGGAAAACAAAUGAAUGUUCAAAAUUUACAAACACAAUCCGACCAAUUGGGCCCGUUGCCACUCCCCUCUCUCAGAGAAUUUUCUGAAAUUGGUAAGUGAACUGUUUCUUACGUUUGAAGCCGACUGUAGGGUUGAAUCAUCCCAUCGUUUCCUCACACGGGUUCGGAAUCAAACCCAUCCUCCUCUUGCCAGGUAGCCAUGAUGCUUUAACUGCAAAACUCUUUUCUUUCCUCCUUAAGAAUAUAAUCUCUGUGCAGACGAAAGCAAGAUUAACCCGUCCUCUUGUGAGCAAGAGAAGACACACAGUCAUUCAGGGAUGCAUGUUUGUGAGUUUCGUGGACACUACUGACUUCUGUAAUCAACUCCUUUUCUUCUCUUUUCUUUUCGUUUGGUUUGCUUUCUUUUGCACUACACUUUGGGUCUGGCGCUCACAGACCACGUUACCUCGGCAUUGUUGCCCAUGCAUCAUGCACUUAUUAUGGUCUGUCUCUGAAGCCCAGUCGCAACCUUGCAACGGGUCAGAGGUGCACAUCGCCUUCGAAUGCUGAUUCAUAUUCAGAAGCGGGACGCUCUGAAUUCACCCUCGUCUUUUCUUAUUUUCUUUUUUCCCCGUUUUGGUUUUGUUCUCACGCCAAGGGACAACUUGAAGGGUACUCUGAUUAUGGAUCAGCCGUUUUUAGGGCGGGAUGCUACCUCAUGGACCUCCUUCAGUCUGCUGAUCCUGGAAAAGGCGGAGCCACCUUCAGGUUGCCCUCCAAAAAAAACAAAAAAAAACAAACGGUGACCAAAGUGAGCUCGACACCCUCAUGUAACGGCUUCUGGACGGCGGCGGCGGCGGCCUUUUGGGAUCAGAAUGUGAAACUGUGCUGCUAUCCAGUUCAUCGUCUCGACUCCUGCGAAGGCUUUUAGCGGGCCCAGGCUGAAUCAUUUGAACUUAGCCAAUAACAUCUUACUGCUGA